AUGUCCGAAGCCUCACCUGAUGAGUUUACCAACCCUUUCAACUUAUUGGGAGCUUCACCCGAUUCCGACGCCAUAUCAUCGUUUUUGGCCCAUCUAGUCUCUGCUGUUAACACAGACUCCACGCGGUUGGAUGCAAGCAAAUGUCUCCCGAUAACAAAAUCGUAUCCUGAUAAGACGGUCUACCAUACAUAUCCUACCUUGGGAAUCGCUUUGGAAUUUCGACCUUCAACCAAACCGCAAUCUGAUAAUGUAUUGCGAUUAGUGGGAAUUGAGAUUGAAAACCACACAACGAAUGACGAUGAGGUGGUCGCGGUAAACACCGACACACAUAAACCGAUUCAGAAUAAUAGAGGUCAAAGGUUCAAGACAAUCUUCGCACCAUACCGUGGCUACCCCAUCCUCGUCUGUUUCACCCCGAACUCAUCCGACUCCGCAUCGUCCGAGACCACAUCUGAUGGCGCACAGCUGAAGUUAUACCCUCAAACAACAGGCAAAGAAUUUCUUGAAAACUUGGGAGAGCCAUCACGCAAAGGUGGGCAAGAUGUACUCAAAAUGGGUUCUGGAAUUUGGCUCGAAUGGACUUGGGAUACAACUGAAGGAAAGAAACUUGGUCUUUUCGUACAAUGGCGUGGGGCUGCUAGUAUCGGACCGGGAAAGUGGGAAAAGGGAAGAGAUCGUAAAUGGGGCACACUAAAGAUAUUUCUGGAUAAUUGA